GAGGGGGUGAGAGAGAAAGAAAGAGAGCGAUAUAGACAGACAAAGAGAGAGAGAGGAGGGUGGCAGUGGGAGUAGGUUAAAUGGACAUGAAAUGCUUUUGACAGUCACUAAAAAGUGACAAGUUGCAGCAGACAGCAGCAGAGAGCCCAAUAAUGGAGCCACAAGAGAUCAGAGAGGGAUACCUUGUUAAAAAGGGUCUGUGAGGCUGGAGCCUAUCUCCAUCAGUCAGCAGGCGAGAGGGUACAGUGCUGAACUCCUGGAGUGCAGUGUGGGUGGUGUUGUCAGAAGAUGGUUUGGAUUACUAUAAAAAGAAAACAGAUCACUCACCGAAAGGGAUGAUCCCACUGAAAGGAGCAACCCUCAUCAGUCCCUGUCAAGAUUUUAACAAGAGAACGCUGGUCUUCAAGAUCACUACAGAGAGGAAACAAGAUCACUUCUUUCAAGCCUCGCAUGUGGAGGAGAGAGAACUUUGGGUCAAGGACAUUAGGAGAACCUUAUCCUGCUUGAAAGAUGGGAAAAAGUUUGCUAGAAAGUCCACCAGACGCUCCAUUCGCCUGCCAGAGACAGUCAAUCUUGCUGAGUUGUAUGCACUGAUGAAAGACCAGGACGACGGAGUGAAGGAGUUAAAACUUGAGCAAGAUAAUCAAGUUUUCAACCACUGCUUCACUGGUGCGACGGUAGUAGAGUGGCUGAUUUCGAAAGAGAAGGCAAGAAAUAGGCCGGAGGCACUCAUGUUAGCAACGGGGCUUCUGACUGAGGGCUUUCUCCAGCCUGCAGAUGACCUGUCAAAGGAGGGGGCAGAAGGCGGAGAAAAUACAACCUUCUUAGAUCAGACAACAGCUCUCUACUACUUUACAGACAGUGGGUUCUUCUGUGAAGGCUACUCCAGUGACGAAGAUGUUCUGCUGAAGGAUGAAUUCAGGGGAAACAUUAUAAAACAAGGCUGCUUGCUCAAACAGGGACACAGAAGAAAGAACUGGAAGGUACGAAAGUUCAUACUUCGAGAUGACCCCGCUUAUAUGCACUAUUAUGAUCCUUCAAAGGGCGAUGACCCUCUAGGCUCAAUACAUCUCCGAGGAGCUGUGGUUACAGCUGUAGAGUACGUGCCCGAUGCCAAGAAGUACGACGUUGAUGGCAACCUCUUUGAGAUUAUCACUUCAGAUGAGACUCACUAUUUCCUGCAAGCUGCAACAUCUGAAGAAAGAAAGGAGUGGAUCAAAGCAAUACAGACGGUGUCAAAAAGUGGAAAGUAAUGAAAGCAGUGAAGCAACACGGGAAUAUCUGUCAACCACAACUGUACCGACACUGAUGUACUAUAAAACCUUUAUGCUCUUGUCUUUCAUUGUUAAGCAAGUAGUGAAUUUUGCUUUUAUACACACGUUACAUUUAUGCUUCUUUAUGCUAAAUUAAUGGCAAAUUAUAUAGGAGAAAAAAAAAAUUCCUGCAGAAGUACUAUCUAUUAAUACCAGACGAAUAUUUUUGAAAAGCACUGUAUGUGUUUGCAUAACUUAGAACUACAAGUUAAAUGGACACAUGCUUUUAUUUGUGGAGAUGCAUAUCUCUGUCCUUUACAUGAAAUAUUUAAAUAAGCCGGUUUGCAGAGCAGCGUAGCAACAGUUGUUUUUUUUUCUAAACCAGUUUCACACCUACAAUUGUCUCAAUUUAAAUUUGCAUGCAAUGACCGUAAAAGGUACUUCCUUGGAACAACAAACUGUUUUAACCUAUUUAGAUCUAUUCUUAAUUCACACUAGUUUUACUUCCUCUUUGUUCAGUUUCAAAAGUCUGAGAUAGUUGCUGUCAUCACGCAAAUGCUUAGCUUCUGCGUGUGAACAAAGUCAGAGUUGCAUUGUGUCUUCACCGUUGCACUGCCACUUUUUAGCAGUGCAAUGCCUGCUGCAUUUGUGUCACAGUUUAUGAGCCACAAAAAUGACUAGUUUGAGUUGGAGCAUGACUAGAUGGAAAAAAAAAAACCCACAGCAGAGAUGACCACUUAUUUCAACAGUAGGUUUAAGGACAGCUCUAAGUGGUUCGCUUGCAAAGCAGUAGCUUCAGACAAUACUACUUGUUUGACUUCUGGUUUGCUUUAAAUGUAAGUAUAGAAUAUGAAAAAUAAGCAGUACAUAUCUGUUUGCCUGUCCUGUAAGAUUUAAACAUAUUGGGCGUAUUAUUAAUUGUGUGAACCUAGCCUAUUUUGUGAACAGUAAUCCCACAUCAAACUAAGUACAUCAGGGGUGUACUUAGUUUAAAAUACAACUGUUUGCUUAUUUGUGCUAUUCUUUUUGAAGCGAGUGACUAAAUGCUUUGAAUACAUGAUAAAAUGGCAAUAUUUAUUUAAAUUAAAUCCACAUAUAAUUUCUGUUAGAGGUGACCGAUUUAUUUUGCUGGCAUUAGUUUUAACCACAACAACAUCUUUUGUGAAGAAUUCAUGGCAGUUCAAUGAGGCAUGUCAAAUGUCUUGAAUAACAUUGUCACGUCUAUGCAGCCAGACUCGCUGACACCUAACACCCACUGACGUUCUCAGAUAACGUUUCAGCUUUGUGUCAAAAUGCUCUUGAUUACAGACUGUUAAAGCACACAGCGCAGGCUGUGUAUCAGACCGCUGACAGUAAGCAAAUAACGAUAUACAGAAGUCUGAUAUAUCAUAUAAUUGGAACCCUGGGAUUGAGUGGUUUGCAAAGAUUUUUGCAACAUUUGACUGUACAAAACAAAACGAAAACAAAAGCAAUGCAUCUCUGUGAACAUCUUGGAGGCUACAAUGACAACUACUAACACUGUUAAUUUUAUUGCUCAUUCAAAUUUAUUGCUUUCUGUAUGAAAAUUACUAAAAAAAAUCAAAUUAAGGAAAACUGUGCACAUCAUUAUUUUACACUAUUAUGGGCUUUGUUUUUAAGACAAUAAAACAAAUUAGUACAAUAAUGAUGCAAAGCUUAUGCUCACAUGCUUGUUUAAGUUUUAUAUUAUCUUGAAAAACUUUGAAUCCAGUAAUUUUUUUAUUUCAGGCAGUAUAUCAUUCCACAGUUGUGUUGCGCUUACUGCAAAUGCACUAUGGUAACUUACAGAGGAUUUUUAAAUCUAAUGCUUACAAUAGGUUUGCAAGAACUCCCUGGUCUAUUAUUUAUGUUGUCACAGUUAACAAAAGUCAGUUUAGAAUUGCACAUAUGUACAGCUUCAACAAUCCAUAAUAAAGAAAAUAAAAACAUAUUUAUUUCUUAACUAUUUGGUGCAGAAAACUGGUUAAAAUUGUUCUAUUAACCAGGUAUGCAUGUUUGUGUAAUAUCUGCUAGCAGGAGACAGGACUGUACAUGAAAACGGAUCACUUAUAAACCAGUCAGUCUACGAACACAAAGAAGACUUCACCAAAUCUGUCAGCAGAUGGCAGUAUUACCCCAUGAUUAUUACUCAAAGUAGUUAUAAGGUCCUUUCUUUGAUUCCUUGUUUCUUUGUUUCAUAGAAACCCUGUGUGUGACCCGUUUUGUUUCCAGCAAUUUGCACAAACGUUUGUGGUGCAUUUGUAUCCUAAAGAAAAACAUAUGAAACUCGA